UAACUUAGUCAAAUCAGAAAAAAUAAAAAAGGAAAAAGAAAAAGCAUCCCAUCACAACGGAGAGAAUCAAAAACUUGAGCCAUGAGCUCGGGACUUUCUCUCUGUGCAGAGCCGGUUCUCGAACUCGAAGAUAUGGAAAAUGAAACAGACAAACUCUCAUACCACGUGGCGGCUCCUCUUCUCUCUCUCCCUUUAUUUUCUUUUUCUUUUUUUAUUUUCAUUUUUUUUAAAAAAGUUUAUUUCCACUUUUCGUUUCCUUCCUUUUCUUAAAUUCUCCCCUCUUACCAUAAAUAACUCACCGCGUUGCAGGCUUAUAUAGUCCGUGAUUUUCUAUUUCUCCAGAACAAACCAAACUUCUAUUCCUCUCUAUUAGCUCUCUCUCUCUCUGUCUCUCUCUAUCUAUCUGAUUGUUUUCGUGCUGUUAAUCAUGGCUAUGAAUAUUCUGGUCACCGGUGGUGCCGGUUACAUUGGGAGUCACACGGUCCUUCAACUUUUGUUAGGCGGCUACUCAGCCGUCGUCGUUGAUAAUCUCGAUAAUUCCUCCGAGAUUGCUCUCAAUAGAGUCAAGGAACUCGCCGGCGAACACGGCAAGAACCUUUCGUUUCACCAGGUUGACCUCCGGGACAAGCCAGCUCUCGAAAAAAUUUUCUCUCACACAAAAUUUGAUGCUGUCAUACACUUUGCUGGGCUAAAAGCAGUUGGUGAGAGUGUGGAGAAACCAUUGCUCUAUUUUGACAACAAUCUUAUUGGAACAAUUACAUUGCUGGAAGUAAUGGCAGCCCAUGGAUGCAAGAAGCUUGUAUUUUCAUCGUCAGCUACUGUUUAUGGCUGGCCAAAGGAGGUUCCAUGUACAGAAGAGUUCCCCUUGUGUGCUAUGAACCCAUAUGGAAGAACCAAGCUUUUCAUUGAAGAGAUCUGUCGUGAUAUCUACAAGUCAGAUUCUGAGUGGAAGAUCAUACUGCUAAGGUACUUCAAUCCAGUUGGUGCACAUCCUAGUGGCCAUAUUGGUGAGGAUCCCCGUGGAAUCCCAAACAAUCUCAUGCCCUAUGUGCAGCAGGUUGCUGUUGGCAGGCGUCCUCAUUUGACAGUCUUUGGAAAUGAUUACUCUACCAAGGAUGGUACUGGGGUACGUGACUACAUCCAUGUUAUUGACUUGGCGGAUGGUCACAUUGCUGCAUUGCGUAAGCUCUCUGAUGCUAAAAUAGGUUGUGAGGUGUACAACUUGGGAACAGGAAAAGGCACAUCUGUUUUGGAGAUGGUUACAGCAUUCGAAAAAGCAUCUGGAAAGAAAAUUCCCCUUGUAAUGGCUGGAAGACGUCCUGGUGAUGCUGAAAUUGUCUAUGCAUCAACGGACAAGGCAGAACGUGAAUUGAAUUGGAAGGCAAAAUAUGGGAUUGAUGAAAUGUGCAGGGAUCAAUGGAACUGGGCUAGUAAGAAUCCUUAUGGAUAUGGAUCUCCUGAGAAUUCCAAGUGAAAUAUUUAAACCUUAGUUAUAUUUUUUGGCACUCAUAUUCUCAUGCUCUUAGGUGUAAAGGGAUUAGGUAUUCCUAAAGUUUGAUGAUAGAUAUAAACAUUGUGGUGUUGUCAUCCACAAAUAAGUUGCCUACUCGUAAAUGUCCGAUUAGGUGUCCCUCGUACCGACCACUGUUUUGGUGUCUGUGGAGGGCUAAAUUCUUUAACGUUAAUAUAGUCUUUUUUUUCAAUUGAGUAAAUAUCUUUAAUUUCUCAUUUGUGCAAAGCCAUUUGACUGUGUUCCUUUGUCUUUUUAAUAUUGUGGGAUUUAUAUGAUAUAUUUAGUCUUUUUCUCUUUCA